AUGCCUUCUGUCGAGUUAGCCGAGAAAAAUCAUGAAAGAGACUCCAACUUCACCAAAGCCCUUCACGGAGAUUCUUACCAGAAGACUGGAUUGUCCGCCUUGAUUGCCAAGUCAAAGGACGCAUCCAAAAUUGCCAGUGAAGGAUAUUUUAAACACUGGGAUGGAGGUGUUACCGAGAAAGAUGAAAAGAAGAGAUUAAAGGAUUACUCUCAGUUGACCCACCAUUACUACAAUUUGGUUACAGAUUUUUAUGAGUAUGGUUGGGGUUCUUCAUUUCACUUUUCUCGUUACUAUAAGGGCGAGGCCUUUAGACAAGGAAUUGCUAGACAUGAACACUAUUUGGCUUACAAAAUGCAAAUUCAAGAGAAUAUGAAGGUUUUGGAUGUUGGUUGCGGUGUUGGUGGUCCAGGAAGAGAAAUUUGCAGAUUUACCGACUGUGAGAUUGUUGGAUUAAAUAAUAACGACUACCAGAUUGAAAGAGCUAACCAUUAUGCUAAGAAAAAUAAUCUCGAUCAUAAAUUGUCUUAUGUGAAAGGUGACUUCAUGCAAAUGGAUUUCGAACCAGAGACUUUUGACGCUGUAUACUCUAUCGAAGCAACAGUGCAUGCACCAGUAUUAGAAGGUGUCUAUUCUGAAAUUUACAAAGUUUUGAAGCCAGGUGGAGUUUUUGGUGUUUAUGAGUGGGUCAUGACCGAUGCUUAUGAUGAAUCUAAUCCUGAGCACCGCAAGAUCGCUUAUGGUAUCGAAGUCGGCGACGGUAUCCCUAAGAUGUAUAAAAGAGAGGUUGCGGAGCAAGCUUUGAAGAAUGUUGGAUUUGAAGUAGAAUAUCAGAAUGACUUGGCUGAUAACAACGAUGAUAUCCCAUGGUACUAUCCGUUGGCUGGUGACUUAAAGUAUUGUCAAUCUCUUGGUGACUAUUACACUGUAUUCAGAACCUCCGCUAUUGGAAGAAAGAUAACCACAGAAGCUGUCGGUCUUUUGGAAACCCUUCGUAUAGCUCCUAAGGGCUCUAAACAAGUUACCGUUGCUUUGGAAGAUGCAGCAGUCAAUUUGGUUGAAGGUGGUCGCAGGAAGUUGUUCACUCCUAUGAUGCUUUUUGUUGUGAGAAAGCCCUUACAUGCUAAAAAUAACUGA